CUGUUGAAUAUGGAAUAUGGCGCAUACUAUCGGUGAAAUAUUCCUUCCAAACAUGUGAGAUGCGGCCACAUGUUGACUCUUCUUUAGUUACAAGUUUUUACAGUAGUAUAUUUAUUGAGUGUGUGUAUAAUUGUUCGCAAAUAACAAAUACGGUUAAUAGUAAGUUUGAAAGAAAACAAUCUUGUUAUAAAAAUGUCGAUUGUUUCAUCACGAAUUAGCAGUUUGACUUCUAUCUUGAAAUUGCCAAAUGUUAGAUCACAAUUAUUAAGACAAUCUAACAAAGUAUAUUUUAAACUUCCAAAAAAUGUUAAAGAUAUUCUUAUAAAUUUUGAAAAUAGAGUUAACGUAAAAGAUUAUGAAGAUUUAAUAUGCAUUUUAAGAAGUUCCAGUAUCAAAGACAUUGAUUUAGAAGAAUUUGUAACUGAAGUAAGAAAAUGUGUAUCAUUACUUGGUCCUCUUCAUCAAAUAUUUGUUGAAGUACUUCUUCAGAUAAAUUGGAUUGACAGAUCACCAGAAGUAAAACAUGCUUAUAAGAUCUUCCUAGAAGAUUUGAUGUGUACACAGGCUUAUUAUGUAAAAUAUAUAAUAGAUACACUUGUUGCAUUAUUUAAACCAGUGGAAAGUGAUAAUAAAGAGUGGGAAGCAGGAGAAUGUAGAAAAGAAGAUAUAGAGAGACUGAAGCAUGUACAUGAUGUUUUACGAAAAAUCUUGAAAGUUGUACCAAUGUCUACUAAACUUUUACUUCAAUCAGUAAGAGCAAAAUUUCCAUAUAUCGUACUAGGUACACAUAUUCAUGAAGUUUAUAUCUAUUCAUUACUUCAAAUAUUAAAGUAUGCUCCUCAAUUACAAUCAGAAAUAUUGACUCUAAUUAUUAACAGGUUAGUAAUGUUAGAUGUAAAUAUUCCACAAUCAGACGGAAAUGAUGAAGAUAGUGCAAUGGAGAGUGAUAAUGAAAUGCUCGACAUUGAUGAAAAUACAAAUAAUGAAAAUAAAAAUAUAAAACCAUUACAUCCAUUAUCACAUACUUUGGAUGUAUGCAUGGAACAAAUGCUUAAAUUUAUAGAUGAUACUUGUUACGUGGAAGAUGAAUUAAACAUGGAAGCUGUAAAAAAACUUUAUCUUGAUUAUUUAAAAAUAUUUGAAGCAAUAAUACUACCCACAUAUGAAUGUCGAUAUGUGCAGUUCAUUAUGUUAUACAUUUGUAGUUUUAAACCAACAAUUGUAGAAGCUUUCUUAGACUGGCUUUGGAAAAAAACAACCAAUCCAAAUAUACCAACGAUAUUACGACAUACAUCUGCAUCAUAUAUUGCAAGCUUAGUUGGUGUAGCUUCAUUCGUAUCAUCGGGAUUAGUAAAAAGAACACUGUCCAAAUUAGCAAAGUGGAUACAUGAUUAUAUCGAUAGAGAAGAAAAUUCAGAGUAUGCCAGUCAUAAUCCUACAAAUCAUCAUAUAUUUUAUUCUAUUUGUCAAGCAUUAUUUUUUAUUGUUACUGCUAGAUGUAAAGAUUUUAUUCAUACACAAAAUCAUAUGAUGUAUCUAAACGAGUUAGAUCUACCUAGAAUUAUAUCGUGCAAAUUGAACCCUCUUAAAUCGUGUCAAUCCGAAAUUGUACAUAAUUUUGCUGACGUAUCACGAACGUAUCAAUUGGCAUAUUGCUAUACAAUAAUUGAAAGUAAUUCACGAAAUCAGUUACCAAUUAUUCAUGAUAAUGAUUCUUGUGAAUAUACGCUUGAUGGUUUUUUCCCGUUCAGUGCAUACAAUUUAAGUCGUAGUGCACAGCGAUUAACUCAUUUAUUAUAUGAUAAUUCUGAACAUAAUUAUAAUAAUUUGACGAACGAAGAUAAAACUGACAUGGCAGAAUUUAUGAUGGAAUAAUUAGCUACUCUUUAAUACAGUAUUUAAAAACGAACAUUUUUAUAAGUUGUGCAAUUCUUAUCUUUUAUGAAACUUUUGCUUUAAUUGAAUAAACAAAUACUAAUGGACUAUUAAAAUCAUUGACAUUAAAUUAUACAUCUUCAGUAAAAAUAUUUGAAAAACAUA